AUGCGCGUGGGCCCCACCAGACAGACGGCCCCAUUGUAUGGCAUGUGGGCAGCCCAGCGGAGGGCAGCGCUGGCCCCAAGCCAGGGGGCCGCAGCGCUGCGGGCAGCAGGUGAAUACGAGGAGCGCAAGCUGAUCCGAGCUGCCAUCCGCAAGCUGCGGGCUGAGGAGAUAGAAGCCGCAACCCUGGCUGGGAACGCACAGAGCAGCUGGAGGGACAGCAGCAAGCCCCCCGCUGUGCCUGGGGAUGCGAAAAGCAGCCGGCGGGAUGAUGCUGAAACACCAGCCCUGGCUAGGAGCGGGAAGAGCAGCCAGAGGGGCGAUACCGAGCUGUCAGCCCCAGCCAGGAGUGGGGAGAGCUGUGGUGAGGACAGCGCUGAGCCCCUGGCCGCUGCCAGGAGUGGGGAGAGCAGCCAGCAGGAUGAUGCCCAUGAGCAAGACGACGCAGUGGAGCAGGAGCACGUCCCAGGUGGGAUGCAGGAGCUACGCAGCCAGCAGACGGGAGAACGCCAGAAACCCAGCACCCAGGCCAUGGUCUCGGGGACCCUCGUGCUCCUGGAGUUGCAGCCAGCCCCGGAGCCCAGUCCGGAGCCCAAAGAUGGUGGCGAGGAGCCGGAGCGGGACCAGCCGUGUUCCCUGGGCACUGCCCAGCCCAAGGGGCAGCAUGAGGCAGCCUGGAAGGAAGGGAGCCCGGGCAGCCCUGCCACCGUCCAGGAGCCCGAGGUGACCCUCGGGCUGCGGAGCACCCCUGUCCGCAUCACCACUGUCCCCAGCAGCAGCAGCAGCGUCUGCAGUGGCAGCAGCAAUGUCAUCAAGAUGGAGCCGGAGGUGGUGGAGCAGCCCCAGGCACCGAGGCUGGAGCCGGAGUUGCCCAAUGGCAUGGAGAAGGUCCAAGUGAGGGAGCUGGAGAGAAGGAGCAAGCUGAACGUCGAGGAGCUGAACAGGAUCGAGGAUGAGGAAGUUCUGGAUAAGAUGCUGGAUCGGACGAUGGACUUUGAGGAGCGGCGACUGAUCCGAAACGCCAUGCGGGAGCUGCGCCAGCGCAAGCGAGGUACUUGAGGAUGGUGACCCCUGCAGGGGUUGGGGCUCUGGUGGUGGCAUUGCAGGCGGAGCCAGCAGGGUGCUGGAGUGGGGCCGUCCAGCUGUGAGACCACCACCACGCAGAGCACCCAGUCAGCUGACGGCUCGGCACGCAGCACCAUCACCAAGACUGAGCGUCUCAUCCAGUCUAGCGAUGGCACCAAGACCUCCCGUACUACAACCAUGGAGUCAAGUUACAUGAAGAGAUCGGACAAUGGCAACAGCACAUUUGUUCAAACCAAAUCAUCCUACAGCUCCUCUUCCAAGAAGACGGGCAGCAUCUUCGACCGUGAAGACGAGAGUGCCUCCAGGCAGAGCAGCCUGGCCGCGCUGGAGCGGCGCCAGGCUGAGAAGAAGAAGGAGUUGAUGAAAGCUCAGAGCCUGCCCAAGACAUCGGCCUCGCAGGCUCGCAAGGCCAUGAUGGAGAAGCUGCAGAAGGAGGGCGUGAGCUCGCCAAACCCUGCAGUGGCACACACUGCCGUGCAGCGCUCCUCCAGCUUUGGCGUGCCCAAUGCCAACAGCAUCAAGCAGAUGUUGCUAGACUGGUGCAGAGCCAAGACCCGGGGCUAUGAGCACGUGGACAUCCAGAACUUCUCAUCCAGCUGGAGUGAUGGCAUGGCCUUCUGUGCCUUGGUCCACAACUUCUUCCCCGAGGCAUUUGACUACAGCCAGCUAACGCCCCAGAACCGCCGUCACAACUUUGAGGUGGCCUUCUCCUCCGCAGAGAAGCACGCGGACUGUCCGCAGUUGCUGGACGUGGAGGACAUGGUCCGGAUGCGCGAGCCGGAUUGGAAGUGUGUGUACACAUACAUUCGGGAA